GUUCAGAGUAUAUACUGUAUGAGCCAAAACAGAAAGCUAAACAAACAGAAGAGUCUAAAGACUACAGCUGUGCUGCUAAAUGCUAAUGCCACCCACCAGUGACCAGUCCACAACGGUCAAAACUCAUCAGUAGUCUCUCUGUUCAUUGCCUAACCAGUCUCAUCAUCGUCGUUUGAACAGUCUCAUCAUCAUCGUUCUCCAGCUUUUCCAUUUCCUUAUCCGGUAAUCCGAUGGAGGGUACGAUCCAGUGCUCCGCAAACUACGUCCCUCUGUCUCCGAUAAGCUUCUUGAAAAGGUCGGCUAUGGUGUAUAGAGACGCACCCUCUGUUGUCUAUGGUGACGUCAGAUUCACUUGGGGAGAGACUCUUGACAGGUGCACCAGACUCGCUUCUUCCCUCACCCUCCUCGGUAUUUCUUCUCCUGGGGAUGUGGUUGCUUCAUUAGCCCCCAAUAUUCCAGCAACGUAUGAACUUCACUUUGGAGUUCCAAUGGCUGGUGCAGUGCUUUGCACACUUAAUAUCCGCCACGAUUCUAAAAUGGUUUCGGUACUAUUGAAGCAUUCAAAAGCCAAACUAAUAUUCGUAGAUUACCAACUUCUUGAUGUUGCCAGGGAAGCAAUAGAAAUUCUAUCCAAGACAAGCACCAAUCUUCCUCGUCUAGUUGUAAUCCUGGAGUCUGAUAAAACAUUGACUCCCACCACCGGCAAAACUGUUUCAACGAAUGGAAGCUUGGAAUAUGAGAAGGUUUUAACAAUGGGAAAGCCUGAUUUCGAGAUUAAGUGGCCAAGUGAUGAAUGGGAUCCAAUUUCGCUCAACUACACUUCAGGCACAACAUCAAGCCCAAAAGGAGUUGUUUAUAGCCACAGGGGUGCUUACCUAAAUUCUUUAGCUGCUGUUCUUCUGAAUGAAAUGCCCUCAAUGCCCGUUUAUUUGUGGACCGUUCCGAUGUUUCACUGCAACGGUUGGUGCCUUACUUGGGGUGUUGCGGCCCAAGGUGGCACGAAUAUUUGCCUGAGAAAUGUCUCUGCAAAUGGAAUUUUCAGCUCUAUUUCUCAGCACAAGGUGACCCACAUGGGUGGUGCACCCACGAUUUUGAACAUGAUAGUGAAUGCCCCAGUAAAUGACCGAAAACCCCUUUCACGGAAAGUGGCAGUCAUGACAGGUGCUGCCCCACCACCACCGCAAGUACUUUUUAAGAUGCAAGAGCUAGGGUUUGACGUGACUCACUCGUAUGGUUUGACCGAAACCUAUGGUCCUGGGACCGUUUGCUCUUGGAAGCCAGAGUGGAAUUCCCUCUCACCCAUGGCACAAGCCAAAUUCAAGGCCCGUCAGGGUGUGCAUCAUAUAGGCAUGGAGGAAGUCGAUGUAAAGGAUCCUGUUACCAUGAAAAGUGUCACACCGGAUGCAAAAACAAUGGGCGAGGUUAUGUUCAGAGGCAACACGGUGAUGAACGGAUACCUAAAUGAUACCAAAGCAACACAAGAUGCUUUCAAAGGUGGGUGGUUUCGAAGUGGGGACUUGGGCGUGAAACACCCUGAUGGGUAUAUAGAACUAAAGGAUCGGUCAAAGGACAUUAUCAUAUCAGGAGGAGAGAAUAUAAGCACGAUUGAGGUGGAGUCCGUGUUGUUUAGCCAUCCAGCGGUUCUUGAGGCUGCGGUUGUUGGUAGGCCCGACGAUCACUGGGGGGAAACGCCUUGUGCAUUUGUGAAGUUGAAGGAUGGAUGUAAUGUGAGCAGCGAUGAGAUUAUGAAGUACUGUCGUGAUCUUUUGCCUCAUUACAUGGCUCCGAGGACUGUUGUUUUCGAGGACUUGCCAAAAACAUCAACUGGAAAGACGCAGAAGUUUGUUCUCAGGGGGAAAGCUAAAGCUAUGGGGAGCCUCACAAGGAGGAGCACCAGCAAAUUGUAAAGCUACUUCUUUGGGUUGCUAAAUAUUGAAGUACAUGGCUGUUCAAAGCUCUUGCAUGUUGUAUUGUUUGUCCAGACCUUCUGCUGCCUUUGUCCAUUACCAUAAAAGCAAGAAGUAAAUAAAUUGUUGAUUCGACUGCAGUAAUGAGAAACUUUGGGUCUGAUUCAUGAAUGUGGUCCGGUCGGAAAAUGUUGGGGUCCCAUUCUCCAACAAAUAUCAGUGGGCAUUCUAUAUUCGAGAAGGGCUCAUCAUCCCGGAAGUUGUCAAAGCAUCGCAUUACAAUGCAUCGUUUGAAGGAUUUAAUUGACGUUCUUCAAUUCGAGUGUGAGAAACACAAAGCAAAUCUGGAUUUGAUUAAAGACGCUUUGGAUAUUAUUAUUGCUAGUGAAAAUAAGAAAUCCUUUGCCAAAGGAAAGUAAUGGUGUCCAGAUGGUAGAGUGUGUGCAAAAACCCAGUUUAAUGGAAUCAUUUCCUCUUAUUUUUGUCAA